CUUGCUAGUGUCGUAAUGAAUAUCACAAUAAGUAAUUUCAUAGUUUUUUUAACAUAUACAAAUUUUAUAGUUGCAAUUAACUUAAUUGAAUUGCACUGUAAUUUGUCAAAAUACAUGUUUAAUUAUUUCAAGUACGGUGAAAAAUAUUUAUAUCAAUUUGAAAAUAACAUUUCUGAACUUGAACUAAGAAAAUAUGGAUUAGCAAUCAAAUCUCACGAUGAAAUCAUAAUGAUCAUGUUAGAUGCGUUGCGAGAAUUGGAUGAAACCUACUGGGCAGAAGAUUUAAUAACUGUAAAUUUAUACUUAAAUAAUGUUUCGGGAUCUUUAAACAUGAUCGCUAAAAAUGAAAAUGGCCAAUUCAGUAGUUCUGAAAGCUCUCAGAAUUUACUUAAAGGCUAUAAAAUAAUUCAUGAAUCAAUUGUUGAACAAUUACAAUACUUUUUUAAUAACCAAUGCUCAGAUGUAUCGCUUGAAAAUGAUUUCAUAUCAUACACUGAUUUUAAUCUACCGAUUAGUUACAUGCCAGAUAAGUUACUUAAUAACUUGGGAAACCUAAAAAACCGACUAUUUAUUGUUAUGGAAGAAUAUUUAUUAUGGUACAAAGUUAAUGAUAAAGAGAUAUUAAACAGUUACACUGAUAUUGUGAAACAUUUAGCUUUGUCUUUUCAAAGGAAAUCAUAUAAUAAUUUUAAUCCUAAAAAUUUCUUAUUUUAUGAUUUAAUGGAAAACCGAUCUAAUUUUUGCUAGCUUGAAUUAUCGUCAGGCUCUCAGGCGAAACAAAAAGCCUUGUAUGAUGAAAACAAUAAUCUAAAGGAUGUAUUGGACAUGUUGAGAUACUCUAAAAUUAAUGGUAAGAGUAGCAAUUAUUAUAAUAUAAAAAUGUUAGAUAUUUUUCGAUUUUUCAAGUAUGAUUUUAACUCGAAAAACAUGCAGGUGUAUCAUAAUUUCAUAAAUGCAGCAACAGUUCUUCCUAUUAUAAUAACUAUACGAUAUUAUUUUCAUUUAGUAUAUAAAUACAUACCAAUUAAAAAAUGUUGUGACCCCAACUAUAAGAAUGACAUGAAAGUUAAAAUUAUUAAAUUGGGCAAACAUAUCAUUGAAAAUUUUAAAUCUUUUUUGGAUUUGAAUUUAUAUAGAGAUCAACUUAGAAAAUGUUUGGACAGUUUCUAUGAUAAGAUAAACUAUAUAGUAUCAAUAUACAAAAAAAAUAAUAAUUUAGUUGCUACUAAUGAUGAAUCAAAAAAAAUUGUAAAAAUUUUGAAUAUGUGGACGAAGGUUAAUUAUUUCAGUUGUGACUUUGAUAAACCAGUUAUAAUUAAUGAAGAUAAUGUAAAGAAAGCUUAUAAAUUAAUAAAUGAUCGUUUAGAUGAAAUUAGAUUAUACAUUAAAUCAUUGAAAACAUAUCGGCAUUGUUUUGAGAUUGUAAAUAGAUACAUUCCAAAAGCACAAAUAGAUUGGCAAAGAUUUAGAACUACUAUCAAGCAUAAUAUUCCAUUUGAACAAUUAGGAUAUUAUGGAGAUAUUUAUCAUUCACUUUAUUUUCAUGAUGAUAAUACCAAUGAUAAUAUAAGCUAUUGCAAUCAAAGCUUAAGUGAAGAAAAUGAAUGCGAUGAAGAAAUUAAUGAUGAUAAUAGGGAUGUUGAAAUAAAAAAUCAGACAUAUAAAUCUCCUAUAUAUCUUGUAGAUUAUUUACUUUUUGCAUAAUAUAUUAUAUAUGUACAGAAUGUUCAGUAAGUAAGGAAAUGGGUCAAUUGUUAUCAAAAAUGAAAACAUUAGAAAGCCAUUUUCUCACUUACUGAACAGUCAAUAUAAUAUUAUCUCUUCCUUCAAUAAGGACUUUGUUUAUUUCUAAUAAUUUUAUCUAUCCCAUUAUUCUAUUUUAAUAUAAUUUUUAAUACUAACAUACUAAUAUUAAAGCACUAUUUAAUAAAACUCA